AUGACAGCCAACCUUUUGCCGAUCACGGGCCAGCGCGUGCUCCUAGCGCUGAAAUUCUUCGCUACCGGCACCUUCUUGAUCACGGCGGGGGACGUCUUGCAUCUGCACGAAUCAACAGCGUCACGGUGCGUGCGACAAGUGACCCUGGCUCUCGCCAAGCAGGCACAGGACUUCAUACGGUGGCCAACAGCAGCGGAAGUCCCCGAGCUGCAGCGGCAGUUCUACGGCGUGGACGGCUUUCCGGGCGUCGUAGGAGCCAUCGACGGCACCCACGUUCGGAUCCAAGGGCCACCGCUGCACGAGGAAGUGUUGGUGAACCGACGCUUUUAUUAUUCCAUCAACGCGCAGCUGGUGGUUGGCGCGCGCCCAAGGAUCCUCAGCGUGGUUGCCAAGUGGCCCGGAAGCGUCCACGACUCGUACGUGCUGUUGAAGAGCAGUGUCGGGGAGAACUUCGCAACGGGCGCAUACGGCGGCCUCCUCCUCGGCGACAGCGGCUACCCGUGCAGGCCUUGGUUGAUGGCGCCUCUCCUAUCGCCGACCACGCUGGCCGAGUGUGCGUACAACCAGACGCACGCAACGACUCGGUCCGUGGUCGAAAGGUAG